GUAAUCCUGUGUAGCCCAAGUGGGUGGAGUUUCGCACUCUAAUCCGAAUGAAUAGCUAGAAUGAUAAACCCCUCUCAACGGGAGAAAAAAUAACACAAUUUGAGGGACCCAUAAUUUACCCUACAGACUGCUCGUCACGAUCGACCAAAAACAACAUUGCAGGACCGCACCUCCCUGUCAGUUUGACUAGACAGCCGAGACUUCGACAUAGUAGUGCAACUGGCGCCUGACCACAACCAACUCUCGCAAAGUAUUGACAAUGGCCCGGUAAACGGUUAGUUCUUAAGGCAGCCAAUUAUCCUUCAUUUAUUAAACCUCUCAAGGAUUGGCAUCGCCGUCUCGCUGUGACAAGCGAAGCGGAGCUUUCCUAGACUGAGACAGACAGAAAUUGAGGAGUUGGAGAGGGAGCAGUUGCCGACCCCGAACCAUGGCAGUGUCCCUUAUUCAGGCAUGCCGCAGUCUGGCCCUUUCGACGUGGCUGCUGUCCUUCUGUUUCGUCCAUUUGUUGAGCCUGGACUUCACGGUGGCGGAAAAAGAAGAAUGGUACACAGCAUUCGUAAACAUCACUUACCUGGACCCAGUGACUUCAGAAAUAAAAACGGAGAAGACUGAAUGUGGCCGUUACGGGGAGCAUUCCCCAAAGAAAGAAUCUCGUGGGUUCGUGUUGAUGCCGUCUCACGAGAGACAAGCGUGUGACCCGAACGUGAAAUUCCCGGUACCUGUCCACGGCGGUGCAUGGGUAGCCUUGAUUUCUGCAGGCAAUUGCACGUACCGGGAUAAAAUUCGCAACGCCGCCAACCGCAACGCGUCUGCAGUGAUAAUUUAUAACGUGGGCUCCAGUAACGCCAACGACACCAUAACGAUGCCCCAUGCAGGUACGGGAGACGUGGUCGCCAUCAUGAUCCCGGAGCCUAAAGGUCGCGAGGUCGCCGCCCUGCUGGAGCGGAACGUCACGGUAACCAUGCACAUCACCAUAGGAACGCGUAACCUGCAGAAGUACGUGAGCAGGACGUCGGUGGUGUUCGUGUCCAUCUCGUUCAUCGUGCUGAUGAUCAUCUCCCUCGCCUGGCUCGUCUUCUACUACAUCCAGAGGUUCAGAUACGCCAACGCUCGCGACCGCAACCAGAGGCGUCUGGGAGAUGCUGCUAAGAAGGCCAUCAGCAAGCUGCAGGUUCGGACUGUGAGGAAGGGAGAUGAGGAGACAGAGUCGGACUGUGCGGUGUGCAUCGAGGGCUACAGAGCUAAUGACCUGGUCCGUGUCCUACCCUGCAGGCAUGUGUUCCACAAGCACUGUGUGGACCCCUGGCUUCUGGAGCACCGGACGUGUCCCAUGUGUAAGACAAACAUCCUGAAGGCCCUGGGGAUCCCGUCUAACGCAGACUGCCUGGACGAGAUUCCCCCGGACUACGAGACGUCCCUGGGCCCGCCCACCAACGCCGCCACAGGCGCCAGCGAUGUGACGGUGAACAACAGCUCCGUGGUGCUGGACCCGGUGGGGAGGGAGCCGGAGACUGAGGGGGAGGCGGGGGGGGCCCUGGAAGCACAACACAUCUCUAGGAGUGAUUCAGACAGAUCCCUCAUAGUGGCAGAGGUGGGCGUGUCCAUUCAGCUGCAGGGUCACCAGGUCAAGUCAUGAGCUAAUCCCAGCCAGGCAGAAGUCACGGGUCGCUGUGGAAACGAGGUUCCGGAGGGGCAGCUUUGGGGCGUGGAGCAGCUGACCCUCCCAGCGCAACACUCCCUCUCUGUCCCCACUGCAACACCCACCAACACAGAGGUUCCUCCAUGCUGCCAGAGUGGGCCACCCACACGCGACCUGCAAUACCCCUCCCUCCUCCCCCACCCCCCUCAGUGGGUUUGCCAGGGAAAUCAAGCAGCCCAACCCCUGCUCCAGUGUUCGCUCCCAUGGGCGGGGCUUGUAGUUUACCAUUUGUCGCCGUGGCGACCUCACAUGUUAAGCGCCAUGGAAACCGUGACCGUUCCAGAUUUGUCUGUACAAGAUCACUGCCAACGUUCGCAAGAACAGUAACACACACCGAGGGCCAAUCCACCUGGCUUUACUAACCCCAGAGGAAGACCCAUGUAGACAUUGAUAAAGUGAUUGAUCCAGUUGUGUUCUGUAGGAGUUUACAUCCGGUAUGUGUGUGUUCCCACCAGCAUUCUUAUCAAUUCCAAAUGGCGAACUCCCAAAUCAUUGUCACGCCUGUGUUUUAAAGCUAAACUUUACUAACACAAGUUAACCUCUGCUGAACAGGUGUCAGGCAUCAUAUUUGUAUCCAUGUUAGAAGUGAUAGAAGUGUUCACCACAAACAUGUUAGAAGUGUUCACCACAAACAUGUUUUGGUGCACAACUGGUUUUCGGCACAACUGGACACGAUGUUAGAAGGCCUCAUCUCCAGCUCAGGCCUGCCGACAAUCGCUCGGGCGACCGAGGCUGGGCAUGAUGUCAGCUACGACUACACGCUUCAUAAGCACAAACCCUCCACACACACUAGCAGGGACACUACCAGGGGACACCAGAAAGGGACACUAGCAGGGGACACUAGCAGGGGACGCUAGCAGGGACACUAUAAGGGGACACUAGCAGGGGACACUAGCAGGGGACACUAGAAAGGGACACUAGCAGGGGACGCUAGCAGGGACACUAGAAGGGGACACUAGCAGGGGACACUAGCAGGGGACACUAGAAAGGGACACUAGCAGGGGACGCUAGCAGGGGACGCUAGCAGGGGACGCUAGCAGGGGACACUAGAAAGGGACACUAGCAGGGGACGCUAGCAGGGGACGCUAGCAGGGACACUAGCAGGGGACGCUAGCAGGGACACUAGCAGGGACACUAGCAGGGGACACUAGCAGGGGACGCUAGCAGGGGACGCUAGAAGGGGACACUAGCAGGGACACUAGCAGGGGACACUUGCAGGGACACUAGCAGGGGACACUAGCAGGGGACGCUAGCAGGGGACACUAGCAGGGGACACUAGCAGGGGACACUAGCAUGAGGACCAGAGGUACCAUGACUGUAUCCACGUGGACAAGCCAUUGACCCGCCAGAAACCUCCCCUGUCGAAACAAGCUCUUGUGCUGUUUGUAAAAAGGCUGUUUUCGUCGUUUAAACUAUUUUUACAGAACAGGAUUAUUCGUUAUGGUUGCUUCUGUUGAGUUUGUCCGCUUUGCAAUAGAUAAGCUACCCUUGUCCUGUUUGCUGGUGCUAACAUAGUGUUAGCAGACAUGCUAGCUUGCGUGUAGUCAAUUUGUCUGACUAAGUUUACUAUUGGUUUGAUGGUCAAUAGCACAUUGAAGUUUACAAAUUAAGGUUGAAUUGGCCUGAAGUUGAUUUGAAUUCAGAGCACGUUGGUGGCAUCAAUAGCCAGAUGCCUUUAGAGGAAACAGGUUGUGUGUCGGCCAUUUUGAGUCCAGAAUGUUCAACAGUCGGUUACUGGAUACGGAAUAAAAACAACCAAUGAUUGACUUUUUAGUAUAAAAAUACAUUUAUUUAUAUAAAAAAAAAGGAAAAAUUAGAUAAUGGAGGAUUAUGUUUACAGAUGACGAGUAGGGUAAUUAAAAAUAUAGUUUGUCAAUUUAAAGAAUCUCCUGAUGAGAUACUCAAUUGACAAGAUUAUUUACCCCUAGUUCAUUUGUUUUAUAUAUAUAUUUGUUUUAAUAUGUUUUUUUAUUGAGAUUAUUUUUUAUAAAUUCCCAUGAUGUAAUUUCAGUUAAAUUUACAUUACAGAACGCUUGAACCAUGGUAUCUGGUUCUUACCUGUUCUCCUGUCCACAGGAUUGUAUGUUGCUAGGAGAUCUGUUGCUAGGACAUGUGUUAAUGGUAUGUUCUUGUUAUUGAAGUACUGUACAUUUAUUUAUUUUUUCCCUUAUUUCAACAGCCAGCCAAGAAGUUAGACAUUCUUUAAGCAAGCCAGUUAGCCAACCAGUUAGUUAGUUAGCCAGACAGAAAGUUAAUUAGCCAGCUAGACAGUUUGUUAGCCAGC